AUGUCCUCCACUGGCCUACCGCGCUGUCUCCCCAAGUCCCUCACUCACCCUACCGGCAUCUACUUCCUCCCGCCCGCUCAACGCGUUACUCUCGCUGAGCUCGAGGCAGCUGACAAGCAAUGGCGCGCCUUGCGGGAGGCGGCUUACAUGCGCUCCUGGGCCGAGGAUGCUACGCUCGUGGGUAGCGCGAGGUACAUUGCUGCCGGUGGAGUAGCAGGGGAAGGGCUGGGAAGGAGGACGAGCAGCGUUAUGAGUGGAGGACAGCAGCAGAGUAAUGGUGGGAGGAGGGGCACGGCGCGAAGGAGGAGGAAGGCACUCUUGCGUUUUUUGAAGAGCUGGUAG